CGCUAACCAUCGGGGGAGCUGUCUCUCCUUGCUGCCUUCCGACCUUUUUUUGAUGCUGAUUAUCGAUCGACUCAUACACCCACCCUCGUUCAGCUAACCUGUACGCUCUCUCUCGUCACAACCAAGCUAUACAGCUUUCUUGUUCUUAUUCUUUCUUGUUUUCUUCUUAUUCGUCGGCUUCUUCGCGGCUACAACCUCGUGAUUCAGUGUCCUCCGAGAUACAUACACUUUCCUGCUUACCCGUCGAGUCUCGUUCACCAACCAAAUCCUCCUUUUCCAUCAGUGUUGCCUAUAGCCACCCAGCAGCUCCCGAUUAGCCCUACACAACCCAACCACGAUGGAUCGUCUGUCGCGUCGACUCCGCGGCAGUGCCUUACAGCGCCUUGCCCUACUCUCUGCCCACGAAUCUACGUACGACAAUGGCGCCCCCGAAGCUUCCAGCUUCGAGCGUCUCGCCAGCGAGUGUACCCUGCGACGGGACGCUCCUACCAACGGAACGGCGAACGGAUAUGCGAAAAAGCCCGCAGAGACAUCGCAGAUUCCGAUGUCGGUUCGGGAACUCGAGGUUCUUCUUGCCUUGUGCAAGGCUGCCCCUGCGCUACAGGCACCCCAAAAUGCGGAUAAGCUAUUGCGACAGCUUUCGCCGUACAUGAUCGAGUCGUCCAGCCAGCAGUUUGUCCCUUCGCCGUUCCUACGCGAUGCUGAACCCUCACCGUGGGAGUGUCUCACUUCGAGCGUGGUUACUGCGGUGCUUUCGAUUGGCCUCAACUUUCCUCAACUUCGACCGAGGGUCGCCGACACGGUGAUGAAAUACGCCCGGCAAGUACUGGCAUUUUGCGAGUCAAUGGACGAAGAAGAUGAUGUGACGGAUAUUGCUUGCCUGGUAGCCUCUCUUAUUGGUUUCUUGGAAUCCUGUUCCAAAGUCGCCAAUUUCUGGACACCCAUCGAACGCGCGGGUUUAGUUGAGCACGUGCAGCAAAUCCUUUCGGAUGGGUUCCUCAUGGACGUAGAUGCAGCCUUCGACAGGAUCCGUAGCUCGCAAGGGAAGGAAACGGGCCAGUGGAAGCACUAUGUCCAGCAUUAUGACUCAAUAGGGCGCCCCAUUGGAGCCAUGCUGCUACAAAAUGGGUUCAUGAAGCUGCUGAUCGCCAGCACUUCCCUUCUCGUUGCAAAUUCUGCCGCGUUUUAUGACGGCGAUACUCUAGAUGUCAUCAUGGACGGCCAUGGUGUCAUUACUUCGCUCACCUCGGAGGACUUUGGUACUGUCGAGUUGUUAUCGGACCUUGCGGCGGCGGGGGUCAUAAUGGUGGACGAGAGCACUACAGACCCUGAGAUAAUCACGCUGGCAGGACAGCAACUGGCAUACACAACUAAAGCUCAUGCGCUUUCAGCGUACUGCAACAGUGUUGUCCUCAGCAGUUCGGCAGAUCCAAAUGCCCUGCUUAAGUGGCUGCAGUCUACAAUCGCUGAUCCGAUUCAGAUGUCGAACUUGGCCCUCGCCAACGCAGUUUUGAAGACUCUGGCGAUUCUUUCUAAGGACGAUAUCAAUUCCAGCAAUGGUUUCAUAAGCAUCAUGCACAGGUUCAUCGUCGAAGGCACCCCCAGCCGUGAGGUUGUAAAAGUAGCUGCCAAAUGUCUUUCUUACAUUCUGCAUCAUUCUUCUCAAGAUGCCACUAUCACUACCUUGAACACGAUGGGCCACGUAUUGUCAUCCGUGAAUCCGGAACGUGCAUUGAAGGCAGAGACGCUGCAACCGUUUGAGCAACAAGCCAUGGGUAGCACGCUGUCACUUGUUUCCAACUCGGAGGAAUUCCGAUACAACAUCUACUGCAAUGUCAUUGAGAACAUAGUAGGAGUUUCCAGCAACUGCAAGGACUCGAAGAUGAUCUCGCUCGCCAACAGUAUUCUUCUGCAAAGGCUCGGAAAAGUCACCAGUGCAGUCAGCGCGAGGAUUUUGGCAGGACUUGUUUCGCUGGUCCCAAUAUCGUCUCGUGCAGAUUAUAAAUCGAUCUUUGAAGCUCUUGUGAAAUCGAGCACGGAUGCAGUUUAUAGUGAUGAUCAUAUCCUUCUGGAUGCUGCACUCGAGGCGCGGUGCUUAUUGGCUGAAUCCAUCACAGUGGAGUCCCAACUGUAUGAGCCGCUCCUUACGGAUAUCCUCCAGGCCGUUGCAGUAAUCGGAGAUGAGCGGGAAAAGGAUGUAGAGAAGAAGCGGGAUGAUCGUAUGCUGGCUGUGCGCGAAAUCGAGCAGUACAUACGCCCUCUUGCGAUCCUCCUUGGACACAAUAAGACGGAUGUGAACUUCGCUCUUCGAUCCGGGCUUACGUCUCUUCUGAGAGACUUCUGGCUCAACUGCGUUAUCCAUGGCAUUACCUACGGCACCGAGACUGCAAACAAAUAUGGAGAGAGCUUCAAGACUAUCGCGAAAUACACUCCCCCUCUCAUCGACGGUGUGGUUGAGGAUCAGAGCUUUGAUGCUAAUCUAGACGUGCACUCGCUCUUCAAAAGAGACAUGUCAUCUCAGAAUGUUAUUGAGCACAAGCGCAGACUCCUCAGCGUGCUUCCGGCUGAGGAUCUUCAUAUUAGGACUCUGACGUACCCAAGGACCAUCUUCCUUGAGGCCGCGUAUUCUUUGGAAUGCAUGAGAGCCGAGGGUGGAGGAUGUUCCAAGGUGCUGGCAUACUUUGUCGAGCCCGCCUUCAAGACCGGUGAUGCGUCGGUUGUGAUGGCAGCUAUCGCCGGCAAGGUCACCGACAUAUACAUCACCCGCAUCCUCACCGGAUCUUACCCCGAUUUCUGCGCUUCGAGUGUGGCCGACCAGCUUGCGGACGUGUUCGUAGGAUGCUGUCACAGACUCGAGAAGGUGCAGGCGACGGCAACCCUCAUGGCGGACCGAAUCAUUGCGGCCGCUCCCUCGGCACUCUGCAGGAGAGCUUCGUUGUUUGCACUCCUUGAGCUUCUCGGCCUACUGUGGGCCAGUUGCCUGAAGGAGGAAACCGAUGAGUACGCAACUCGAGCAAUCUUCGCUUCGAAGCGGGGCAGAGUAGCAAUCGAAAUGCCUGAUUCGUACAAAUUCCGGAAGCAAACGAUGAGGAACUUCCUUACGCGUGCGAAAGCAUGGGUUCUGAAGAUUCUGAACAUUGCGCCUCUUGACUUGAAGGGACUCUUCCAGACAUAUCUCUCCGAGUUUGAGGACGAGGGAAGUCUAGGCCACGUGUCCCUAGGGCGGUCUUUUGCGUUGGAAAUGGGUGGCACUCUUCCUAAUACUGACCGGAGACUUGCUUCGAUUGACUUUGUUGGUGAAUUUGGUGCCAACGUCGCGUCCGAUUUCAUCAAGCAAUACACCGUACGUCAGAUCUACCGGAAGGGUGAGCCUGGUACGGAUAAUGCCCGUCGCCCACUCAAGUUUGCACCGCUAGGCCAUCAGGGCCUAUUGUCUUCUCCCAGCUCGGAUUCUCUUGAACGGCUCAUUGCCCAGAUGGAAGGCAAGGAUUAUACAGUCGGCCGCGUGCCUACGGCAGAUGUUCGGGACAUGUUGCGGAAGGCUGCGACGUUAAUCUGCUCUUCGGAUCGGGACCAAGGGACGCUCAUCCGCCAUCUGGUUGGUCUGCCUUUUGCCGUCUUUACCUCGAGCGCCAUUAAGGUCGGAUUGCUCUUGUGGACUGGUGUGAUUGGAGAAAAGCCGGAACUGUCGUCAAGAAUGCUGGUCGAGAUUGCCAGAAACUUUGAAAUGACUGUGGAGAGGAAGAUUGGAUUGUUUGCUGAGGAUUUUGCCAUAGACGAUGCUUUUGAUGUCAAGAUGGAGUAUGCUCCUUCGAACAAGGAAGAGCACAAUCUUGAACAGCAGACGGCCAUCGACUUGUUGUCGCCGCAUCUUCGACUGAUCCAGCUUCUCUCCAGUCAUUACCAUGCCAACCGCCAUGAGAAUCCACACAUCCAGAAGAUUUUCUUGCGACUAGUCAGGAUUACGCUUCGAGGUCUUAAGACAGCCACUGGACAUCCGUUGGCCAGAGAAGCUAGAUUCCAGCUCGUGCUGCUUGCCCUGCAAGUGCUACGCUACAGCACUGGACUCACCGAGCGCCAGCAAACCAGCCUGAAGGAUCUCAUCAUUUCUGGAGCACUUUCGUGGUUCAAAUUUCCUCCUCAGUGGUCGUUUGGCGGCAACAAAUUGCAGGUGAAGUCUGAAGCUCAUCUGCUGCAAGAUGUCGCCAAUUUCCUGAACGGAAUCUCGACAAUCGGCGCGCAGUCCAGGACUCUGCGAGUACGUCAGGACCUCCUGAUGAUGCUUUUGGAGAACGAACAGUACAGGUUAGCCACUUGGCUUUACCCGCUCGAACACUCUCGCCGGCAUCACUUGCUUCCUAGUUAUGCGGCCAGACCGACUGGCGACAAUUCGAUCUCCGCUAUCCUUCCGGCAGCCUGGGAGGAGGAUCCGGCCAUUGCGGUUCAGCUCAGCCAGCGUUUCCCAUCUGAGAGGCUCAAGGGAGAGGUCAGAAGCUUGAUCAUGAAUUUCCCAGAACAGGUUAUGCACAUACCCCGAGCUGCUCAGAUCAUGCUGGGAAACAAGUUAUCUGGAGAUAUCACGUUCCAACUGCGCUAUCUUCUCUACUGGGCUCCCAUCACUCCGAUCACUGCUUCCACCUAUUUCUUGCCGUCCUAUUCUAAUGACCCGUUCAUCUUGCAGUACGCAAUGAGGUCCCUAGAGAGUCAUUCGGUGGAUGUUACUUUCUUCUACGUUCCGCAGAUCGUGCAGACUCUGAGAUACGACUUCCUUGGAUACGUCGAGAGAUUCAUACUCGAAACAGCGAAGUUCUCGCAGCUAUUUGCCCAUCAGAUCAUUUGGAACAUGAAGGCCAACGCGUUUAAGGAUGAGGAAUCUACGAUCCCGGAUCCUGUGAAGCCGACUUUGGACCACGUUAUGGCGAAGUUGAUCGAGAGCUUCUCAGAUACGGAUAGGAGCUUCUACGAACGUGAGUUCGACUUCUUCGGAGAAGUCACGGCGAUCUCAGGCAAACUUAGGCCUUACAUUCGUAAGACCAAGCCGGAGAAGAACGAGAAGAUUGCCGAGGAACUGGCAAAAAUCCAGGUCGACGUUGGUGUUUACCUACCCAGUAACCCGGACAGUGUGGUCAUCGAUAUCGAUAGGAAGAGCGGAAAAUCACUGCAAUCGCAUGCAAAGGCUCCCUUCAUGGCCACAUUCAAGAUCAGGAGAAAGGCUCCGGGCAACAUCGACGAGCACGAAGCCCUAGAUCGCCACGGCCGCCGUCACGAGUCGACGUCGACCGUUACCAAGGAGAUGAUGCAAGCGGCCAUCUUCAAAGUCGGUGAUGACUGUCGGCAGGACAUGCUGGCCCUUCAGCUCAUCGCUGCUUUCCGCAGCAUCUUCAAUUCGGUUGGACUGGACGUGUUCGUUUUCCCGUACCGUGUCACGGCUACCGCGCCGGGGUGCGGUGUCAUCGAUGUCUUACCCAAGUCGAUCUCCAGAGAUAUGCUCGGUCGUGAUUACGACAUGGGUCUGUACGAUUACUUCAUCAACAAGUAUGGUGGCGAGGACUCAAUCCGGUUCCAGGAGGCGAGAACUUGUUUCGUUAAGAGCAUGGCGGCGUAUUCGGUCAUCUCGUACCUGUUGAAGUUCAAAGAUCGUCACAACGGAAACAUCAUGCUUGAUGAUGCCGGACAUAUCAUCCACAUUGACUUCGGUUUCUGCUUCGACAUCGCUCCCGGUGGCAUUACAUUUGAGCGUGCGCCCUUCAAGCUCACCGCAGAGAUGAUCAGCGUCAUGGGCGGCAGCGUCGACGCGCAGCCAUACCUCUGGUUCGAGGAGCUAUGCAUCAAGUCGUUCCUAGUCUGCAGACAACAUGUGGAUAAGUUGACGGAUUGUGUGACUCUGAUGCUGGACAGCGGUCUUCCCUGCUUCAAGCCCGAGACAAUCCAGAACUUUAAGGACCGGUUCGUCCUCGACAAGACGGAUCGCGAAGCGGCGGAUUAUAUGAGAUACCUGGUCAAGAAGAGUUACAGCUCUUACUCGACGGGACAGUAUGAUCGCUUCCAGCACUUGACCAACGGAAUUCCGUACUAGGCGGAUACCUACCUCCUUCGACUCUUUGUUUUCAAUACCCACUUUAACUCCUUUUGAUAUUUUUCUUUUUCUUUUUUUGGAUAGAUAGAUUGCGUU